GGCGACCACAACCAUGACACACGUAGGGGCUUGGUAACCCGCCUGUUCUUGAAACACUCUGUUCUUGAAACAUGGCUUCGCGCAUCCCCUCCAUCGGUAAGGGGGGCGCAAGCACUCCUUCACCGCUUGCACCACAGCUCUUUCGGUCUCAAGAACCAGGCUCAGAUGUUAGGCCUCAGGCGGAUCGGGAGACGCCCAGUAUGUUGCGUUCAAGCGGGGGACUAAAAGCGCAGCGAGAGCGCGAAGGAGGAGAAGUUGAGAAAGUCAAGGUGUAUGCUCGCAUCCGGCCACCCCUUCGCGAGGAGGAAACUCCAGGAGCGCUGGCAUGGACGGAGGGAGACAAGGGUCAGCUGACGAUUUUCCGCCCGGAUGCGCCCGUGCCCCAAUCCGACUUCGUGUUCACCAAGGUGCUGGGGCCGUCAUGCAGCCAGGCGGACGUCUAUACCUCGGCAGUUUCGGACGUGGUGGCUGACGUCCUGCGCGGCUACAACGGCACCAUCCUUGCGUACGGCCAGACAGGCGCGGGUAAGACCUACACGCUGGGCAAUACGGCGCCGGACGCGAUCGGCAUGAUCCCGCGCGCCGCGGCGGAGCUGUUUGCGGCGGCAGCGCGCGACCCGCUGCACAGCUACCACGUCACGAUGUCCUACAUCCAGAUUUACAUGGAAAUGAUCCAGGACCUGCUCAACCCCACCGCCGACAACCUGCCCAUCCGCGAGGACGGCAGCGGCGUGUUCGUGGCGGGCGCCUGCGAGGUGCCGGUGGCGUCGCUGGAGGAGUGCCUGCACUAUCUGGAGCUGGGGGAGCAGAACAGGGUCUUCGCCUUCACGCACCUGAACGCGCACAGUAGCCGCAGUCAUGCGGUGGUCAUGCUGACUGCUGUCAAGGGACGCAAGUACCUAACCAACGAGGAGCGCGCGGCGGCGGAGGCGCCAGACCAGGACGGCGUGGUCACACAAAAGGUGACGGUGGGCAAGCUGUACAUGGUGGACCUCGCGGGCAGCGAGCGGCUGAAGAAGAGCAAGAGCGUGGGCCUGCGGGCCACCGAGGCGCGCUCCAUCAACCUGUCGCUGACAAUGCUGGGCAUGUGCAUCAGCGCGCGGGCGCAGGACUCGCCGCACGUGCCCUUUCGCGAUUCCAAGCUGACGCGCCUGCUCCAGGAGUCUCUGGGCGGCAACGCGAAGACGUCGCUUAUCCUGUGUCUGUCGGACGUGCGGCAGCACGCGGACGAGAGCCUGCAAAGCCUGCAGUUCGGCGCGCGCGCGGCCUGCGUGCGCAACAAGCCCAUGGUGAACGAGCGGCUGCAGAUGCGCGCGCUCACGGCGGAGCUGUUGGCGGCUCUGGAGGAGGGCCACGAGCGUGCCGACGGCCUGGAAGCGGCACUGACUCAGACCAAGGAGGAGCGGGACGCGCUGCAGGCGGCUCUGGCUCGUGAGAAGGCGCGCUCCGCCGCCAUUGCGGACGCCCUACGCGCCGAGGCGGAGUCCAAGCACGCGCAGGCCACGGCCAAGCUGGCGGAGCAGGCCUCCCUGCUGAGCGAGCACGUGCAGCAGCUGGGGCACGUGCAGCAGCAGCAGGGGCAGCUGGAGGCGGAGGUAGCGCGGCUCAAAGCGGAGCAGCUGGAACGUGACGCCGCACAUGCGGCGGUGGUGGCGGCGCUGCGACAACAGCUUGCUGACGCGGCGGCGGAGCUUGAGGCGUCCCACACGGAGCGGCAGCGCGAGAAGGAGGAGGCGCAGGCCCAGCAGGCCCAGCUGGCGGCUGCCGCUCAGCGGCAGGUGGCGGCUCUGCAGUCGCGGCUCGCGGCGGAGCGGGCGGCGGCGCGGGAGCACGCGUCUGCCAUCCACCUCGCCCUCGCCAGGCUGCAGCAGGCGCUGGGCCCGAUGGCGGUUGAGCGGCCCCCCACGCCGUCCGACCAGGCGACAGGUGGCAACGCACUGGCAUCCGCAUCCCACGGAGUUGCGGCUACCGCAGCCAGUGCUGUUGACGGCGAGACGGCGCCCCACGGCGCCGACGGAGCUGCCACAGGCGCCAGGCAGGGCUCUGCCUCGGCAGCGACUGUGGCAGGCAGCAGUGCUGACACCGCGGGGACUAGCGCCGACGCCGUCGCAGCGGCCUCGUCAGCCCAGAACGCUCGGUGGGCUGCCAGCCUGGCAGCGGCGGCGGCCGCCGCCGCCAGCCGCCGCGCCUCGGCGUCGGGCGGCCCCGGUACCGCCAGCGUGACUGGCAGCACCGGCGGCGCGAGCAGCGCUGUGGCACUUAUCCAGGAGGCACUGGGCCUGACGUCCUCCAUGAACAGCACCAGUGGAGACGCCGACGUGGCGCAGGGCGCCGCUGGCGCAGCGGGCCGGGCCGCGGCGGCGGGCGCGCAGGCCGACGGCGUGGAGGGCGGCGCCAGCAGCAGCAGCGGCGGCGCCGCCACCGCCGUGGUGGCCUCCCAGCUGUCGGGGCCGCAGCUGUCGGGGCCGCAGGGCUCCGGCACCGCGUCUUCGUUUGGCCAGCCGCCGCGGGAUGCGGCUGCAUCCAUGGCGGAGGCGGCGGAGGUGGAGGCGUCCUCCUCAAGGGCCGGCGCGGCAGCACCAGCGGUAUCCGCAGGCACAGGAGCGGUGUCGGCAUCGGCCGCAUCUGCGGGCGCGGCGGCGGGCGUCGCGGCGGCGCCGACCCACGUUGACUUGGACGCAGCCAUCGCCGCGGCCCGGCGCGACCUACUCGCAGACCUGGGCGUGCCGGCGCCGACGGCAGUCCGUGUGCCGGCAACCGCAGUGAUGCCGAUGUCGCCGGUAGCAGCAGCAGCAGCACAUGCUGCUGUGGCUGCAGCUAUGACCUCGGGCGCGACUGGCACUGGCCUGCAGGCGCAGGCGCCAGCGGCCGCGGCCCCGGCCGCCGCUACGGCAGCCGCCGCCGCAGGCAGCUCCGGGCAGGUCCGGGCACCCUUAGCCAUGGGCCCCACGCCGCUCCGCACGAGCGGCUCCGGCUCGGGCUCCGGCUCGGCAGCCGCGACAGCCGGCGCGGGGGCUCGCUCGGUGACGCCGCCGCGGUCGCCCAAUGUGACGGCGCGGACCGGCAGCUACGCGGCCGCGUACGCAAGCGCGCACCAAGCGCAGGCCCAGGCCCAGCCGCUGCCGCCGCGCUCGCCCGGGGGCGCCAGCGCCGGCGGGGGCCACAUCAGCAAUGGCGGUAUGGGAAGCGCUGGUGCCGGCGCGGAGGCGGCGCAGCACGGCGAACAGCCGCCGUCCUCCUCCACCGCCAGCACACCAGCGCGGCCCGUAGCACCGUCGGCCUCCUCGGCCUUUGUCAACGCUCCGGCCGCCGGCGCGGCCGCAGGCGGCGGCGCUGUUGCUGGCGGCGGCACCAGCUCCGCCGCCGCCUCAAAGACCGCCUCCGGUGCGGCCUACAGCACUAGCUUUCGCAACGCGCGCUCGCCCUCUGCCGGCGGCGCUGGGGCCGCUGACAGCGCCAGCCUCAGCACCUCGCUCGCCACGACGUCGCUGGGCACUGCCGGCGCCGCUGGGCGCGACGCCAGCCUCUCGCCCUCGGCCGCCGCCGCCGCGGACCUCAUGCGGCGCAGCCGCCUGAACCUGAACCCCGCAUUCGACACCGCUGACUCCGAGGGCCUAACCGACCAACACCCUGGCUCGCUGCCGCUGGGGCGCCUGGGGUUGGGAGCGUUGCGCGGGAGCGUGGAGGCGGUCGGGGAGGAGGACGAGGACGCAAGCAGUGCGGAGAGGACGUCGGCGGGCGGGGCGGGCGGCGGGGCGGCGCGGGCGGGCAUUGGCGCGGCCGCGGGUCGGGAGGACGGCACCGCCGCGCCCAAGCCCUCGCCGUUGUUCACAGGCAUCCAGGUGCAGCUGGACUCGCUGAUGGAGAUGGCGGGCGCGGCGCGGCGGACGCGGGAAGGGCUGGAGGCGCGCGUCACGCAGCAGGCCAACGAGCUCAAGCGCAUGGUGGAGGAGCAGCAGCAGGUGGAAGCGGGCGCCGCCGAGGCUCUGGACCGGCUACAGGCCACUGGCUCGGCGCUAUCAGAGGCGGAGUCCCGGCUUGCCGACACGGUGGCGGAGCUGCGCGCUGUGCGCCAAGAGCUGCAGGAGGCGCAGCAGGCCCUUGCCGACGCCCAGGGCCUGGCUGCAGGCCGCGAGGCCGACCUGUCCGCCUCGGGCGGGCGGCUUUUGGAGCUGGAGGCGCGGCUGGCGGAGACGCUGGCCGGGCUGGAGGCCACGGGCGCGCAGCUGGCGGCCAGCGGCGCGGAGGCCGCGCGGCUGAACUCCGAGCUGGAGAGGGCGCAGGCGGAGCUGGCGUCGGAGCGCGCCACGCUGCGUGAUGUGCUGGCGGCCAGCGCGCGCAGCACGCAGGCCACCACACAGGCGCUGGCGGCGCGGCACGAGCUGCAGCGCCAGGUCCGCGCCGCCAACACCAUCAAGCGCGCUUACAAAAAGUUCAAGAUGCUGCAGCUGCGGCGCGUGGUGGAGGAGCGGACGAAGGCGCUGGCUGCCGCGGCAGCGGUGACAGAGGCCCAGGAGCGGCAGGUGGCGGCGCGGCAGGCGGCGCAGAGCGCGCGCGCCGGGCAGGCGCUGGUGCAAGAGUCGCUGGGCGUUAUGCGGGAUGCCGUGGAGUCCAUCCUCACCGCCUUUGUGGGCCGCCGCUACGAGCUCAACGCCCGCGCCUCGCUGCAGCAGCGCCUGGCCGUCAUGCUGCCGCCCGGCUCCGCCUCGGGGCCGGCUGCAGCCGCCGCAGGCGCAGCCACUGCACGGGGUGGCAGCGCCGCGGGCGCGCAGCGCUCCGCCUCCGCGCGCGCCGCUGCCGGCAAAGCCGGGCUGCUGGGCCGCAACCGGCAGCAGUCGCUGACACUGAUGCUGUCCGCUGCGGCGCCGAAGGCGGCGGAAGGGAAGAGCGCGGGAGGGGCUGGCAGCUCGGGUGCGGCUGCGGAGGUGACUGCUGCUGCUGCUGCAGUGCGGGCACCGCAGCAGCAGCAGUCGCAGCAGCAGUCGCAGGCGGCGUGACGGCACUGCGGUAUGGGGUGAUGCGGCCGAGUAGGUGGCCAGCGGCCUUUGUAGGGCGGCCGGACAGAAGGACGAUUUCGUGAGCUGCAUAGUGUUGUCCGUGUCGUGUGUGUGCCAGUGACUGAUGCCGUGAUGGGAGGGUUCAACGUCUUAUUAGCAGGAGAAGGCCGUACUGCACAUCUCAAGGGCGAGGUGCGCACGCUUAUGGUUGUAUAUAAGGGCAUGUGAGUAAAAGGCGUACGUAUGCAUGUGAGUAAAGCGAGCGGCGAGCACCUGUGAUAGCGCCAGGCAGGGAUGCAGCCCGUGGAUGCAGCCCAUGCGAUCCAGUGAUACUUAGGCUGACAGUUUACAGUUGUGUAUGUCUCACACUUGUUCACAGAAGCCAGUGACAGUAGGCAUCCUGUGCAAGUGUAUGGUAGUCGCUAAGCACCAGGGCACAAGAACUUGCUGUAAAGCCGCAAUCAA